AUGCCAAAGGAUCCGCACAAGAAGAGAAGCCAGAGUGAAGCACCCAGGAGCUCAAAGCUCUUUCACUCGACCGACCGUCCAAGCCGGUCAAGCCGAGACGCCCCGUCCGCCAGCUAUGGUCACCCGUCGCAUAGACCCUCGCGCCUAUCUCAGGUCACAAAUGCGGCCGAUAUAAGUGACGUUGACGCCCAGGCCGAGGUUCUCAGCUCCCUGCGCUUCUCGCCAGAACUGUCAUCAGUCCCGCUCUCAUUCGACACAAUCUCUGCUUGGAUCAAGCAGGGCGGGCAACUGGAAUCGUUGGACGACACGACACUCGAGAUGCUACUGUCUCAGUACAUUGGGCCGAAAGGUGGGCGACCACAAAGGCAGAGAUUCCAAGCCCCCACGGUGGUCCCUCCGCCCGCGCCCAUGCUAGAGGAAGAGGACGAGGAAGAUGGUGGGGUCCCUUUAAGUCAGCCGCCAUCGCCCUCCAGUCGGCACAGGAACAAAGGUAGAGGUCGGGCUCGAUAG